GGAACAAACGAUUUGUAUUAGUGUAUUUGUCAAACAACCGCGCAACAAGAAACAAGUUUAAUUUGAAACUGCUGUCCAAAAUGCGGAGAAGAGAGAUGUUAUCUUGUGCUGUGGGAAACGUGUUUAACGACAUCGUCCGACAGUUGUUGAUAUCCUUCCAAAUCCUAUUUUUUAUGAAAGUAGUAGAGCUUUCAGCUUCGCAAGUAGGAGUAAUAAUACUCACAGGCCAAAUGUCAGAAGCAGUUUUUUCAAUGGUCAACGGUCUCCUCGGAGACCAAGUCAAUAUUCCUUUCAUUUCAAGGAAAAUCGGAAGGCGCAAAUCUUGGCACCUAAUGGCAACAUGCUUGAUGGCAAUCAGCAUUCCUCUUUUGUUGAAUCGUUGCCUUCUUUGUGAUGCCAGAGGGCAAACGUGGCUUCCAAUUCUUUAUUACAGCUUUUUAUCGGCAUUGAAAGGCUUCUCGUACAACAUGGUGGAGAUAAAUCAUCUAGCCUUCAUCACAGCUGUCGCUGAGAAUGUUGAGGAGGCGACAACGCUAAGCGCCAUGAGGACUGCGUUCACCUUCUUAAGUGGAGUUUACGUGUAUGUCCUCGCCUGGGUCCUUCUCGAACAAGACAGUGCAGAUAGUCUGGGACCUAAAGACUACAAUGUGUUUGCGAAAAUAUCUUGGAUUGCAACAGGGACUGGUCUCUUCUUUGCAGCAAUUUUUUACACCGGCCCAAAGGAGCCACAGAAACGUUUAAGAAAACGUAACGCGCAUUUGGAUUUAACGAAUGUUCCUGGAGUGUUCUCUCCAUUGUCUGGAGGCGUUCAAAACUCUAGAAAGACCAGUCUUUCCCAUUUAUUUGUUGACAAGAUCAUGACGUCGUCGAGUUUCGAACCAAUUGAGCACGAGGGAAGUAACGUAACUCCAAACCGUCCAUCACACGACAGAAGAAGAACUGUGAUGCAAAGGUUUUUGCAUGCCCUUCUCUGUGAAGGUGAAAGCAACACUGGCCAAAAUCAGUUGGAACAUCACGAUACUGCCAAAACAAUUGAGAUUUCACGAGACCUCGACAUAGUUACGUGUUUGGCCGCGAGAGUAAAACUAGAUCCAGAUGAUGGGAACCUGUCUAAACUGGAGAACGACCGUUCCAAAGUAUCUGAUCAUGUAGACCAAAGUACGUCAAAUAGUGUAAAUGAAAAUGGAAAUCACGAAGAAGCGUUGGAGGAUUUAGAAAUUGACGAUGCAGAAAACGGCCAUGCAGAUGAGGAUCAAGGAGUUUAUCAAGAGGACCAGACUAGAGAGAUCGCAAAAAAUUCCGUUUUGGACAAGCCCAAGGUUGGAAGACAUGGAGUCGUUUCAGUACCAGAUGAGAACAAAUAUAAAUUUCUUAAUUUGGCUUUUGACGAUGAUAAACGCGAGGUAAAAGCUGACAGCGGCAUAAGCGAUACGUCAGCGGGACAUUCCAGAAUGAAGAAAAAUUGUGUGGCUUUCAAGUUACUCGAAUCUCCUUUAGUGAAUGAAAAACAGCUGGAAUUGAACUCUCAUGAGUCGAACAAGACGCAGAAUACUUUUUCGUUUCAAAGAAGUCAAGAUCAUCUUGAGACAUCUGAAACAGAAAAUAGAGGAUUUGAACCACGCGAAGAAAUCAAAUUGAAUAUAGAAGAGUAUGGCGAAGUGCCUGAUCUUUCUUUUCCCUGCAAGACUCAAUAUGAGAGUAGAAGUCCAAAGGCACUUAAAGAUUGGUUAAAAGAUGCAAAUUUAUACAAGGUGGCCGCUAUCUUCACGUUCUCUCGUCUAGCUCAAGGGCCCGUUUACGCUUAUCUGGCGCUCUAUCUCAUCGAAAAAUUACAUUUCCCGAAGGAAGCGAGUGCCUAUUUUCCUCUUGUUCUCCUAAUGAGUGCGUCGUCUUCAAGCUUCAUUUGUGGCAAACUAAACAGGAAGAUAGGAAACAAGUGGAACUACGUAUUGGCGGGUACUUUUGUGAUGGCCGGUACUGUUUGGAUUUAUUUUCAAACUCCGCCCACCCGUCAAUUAACAUAUGGACCAGUGGCAAUGAUAGGAAGUGGUCUGUCCGUUAUGUACGUCAUGGCACUGGCUUUCAUCGCUAAACUGCUUGGCGAGGAUAAGGAAAGAAGCGGAUCGGUGAUUUCCAUCAUCAAUGUGUUCGGUUCUGUGUCAAUGGGUUCCCUUUCUUUUCUUCUUCAGCUAUUGUACCCAGAUAAAAGAACCAGCUCAAAAGAGGAGAUUGGCAAUUAUGUCAAAGAUGCCUUUGCGGUGACCUGUGGUAUAAUGACUUUGAUGGGAGUCCUGGUGGUUUUGCUUUUCCAGCCUUCAAAAUUUACCUGCAAAUCCAAAGCUCGAAUACAUGUUGAGGCCGCUGCAGAUCAGUGCGUUUCACAGCAAAACACGUCAAAGCCGAGCGUUAACCCGGAUAAAACCCAGAAUUCCGUACUGGCUGCAAUGUCUUCUUGCACUUAUGACACAAGACUGUAAAAACAUUUCGCUGUAAUCAUUACGUGCAAAUAGCAUAUUGUUUUAAACUUUCUAUACAUAUCACUGAGAGAUGGAUAUUGCAACUUUCGCCUACCCAACCUAGUUCACUUGGCUAGUGGCUCAAGUGGUCGUCGGAGAAGUUUCAAGUUCUAAAACCAAUCUUCUUUGACAAGGUUUACACUAGUACUAGAGGAAAUUGUUCCGGAUUCAUGAUGAAUCCGAAACGUUUUAGUACCGGAUUGA